AUGGGUGCUUCGGAAAGCGCAUCCGCCAUGCAGGCUCGGCGUGUCCAGCUCGAGUUGAUUGGUUGGCUACAAGCCGCAGUGGCUUUUUCUGGCUUUCCAGUACAGCUCGAAAGCGUGCUGGACUUCCAGUCCACAGGGCUGUCCAGGCACUUCACAGACCUGGCGUCCUUAAGGGAGCUGUGCUCUCGGAGUGUGAUUUGGAGCUGGUCGAGCUGGGACUUUGCGUCGUCGAAGCUGCACGAGAGUCAGGAAAUCGUCAAGAAGGCCAUUCGAGACGCAGAAGUGUUGCAGCAGACCAUUCGCACUUGCCCUCCUUUGGCCAUGAAGCUGAUGCUCCUCUUCCUGGAGCACUUCUUCAUGCACGGAAUUCUGGAGGAAGGGCUGCAAGAAGCGAAUCAGGUGCAUGUCACCUUCAACAAGGUCAAGGCGUGGCUCCUCUAUGAGGCGUUGCCUCAGGAGGACCCGGAGGAGGUCUUGGCUGGCUGGGAUCUUGCUGGUACAGAGGCAAAGGUGUUCAACCAUUACAAGAACUUGUGGCGAGCUGUCUACAGCCGGGACGCCGCACAGCGCGACGGUGAGGCAGAUGCGCCUGACUUCAUUGCCAUGGCCAUUGAGGAGAACAGGCAAGGACGAAAAGGCCGCUCAGAGACCUUCUACAAGAUGUGUCCCCAAGCAGAGCCUGCCGAGCUCGUCAGUGUGUUAGAGGCAAAGGGAGCAACCCUGGUUGAAGGCGCAAUGCCCACCAAGAUGCGGCUUAUUGGCAACAGCCUCUCCGUUUACUGGCAGGCUCGUGGUUUGGCUGAGCUUCUUGGAGCAGCCUUCAUGACCAGCAGCGGUCAAGAGUCAGCCGGGCGCUUCACGGACUUCCUGCCGCGAACCAGCAGGCAGAAAGAAGCUUGGAGAAAUUCUUCCAAAGAGCUCGACAUAGCCUGCAGAGCGUGCCCGACACGGGAGGACUGGAGGUGGCCGCAUUCAUGCCUGGGCAGCUGGUUUUCGGCUCUGCCCCUGGUGCGAGCAGAGACGCGUCGAGCCCUGCGCAAGAGUGGUGCAGAGGCAGCUGUCUCCAAGUUCUUGCUGCGGCAUGAUGUGCUUCCCGCACUUCAACAGCUCUGA